UAAGCUUAUUGACAGGAGUUUUACUGGUUAGAAAAAGGUGGAAGAUUCGUUAUAUCAUUUACAAAACUAAAUUAAAAUUUCGAGUUGGGAACAAACACAAUGACUGAAAUUCUACUAAUUUAAACUAUGAAUAUGAUGUCUUCCUAUCUUAUGCUGGUAUGGAGAGAACAUUUGUACGGAGAGAUGUCAUACCUCGGCUAGAAACCAACGCUGGAUUACGUCUUCUUGUAAGAGAUAGGGAUUAUCUCCCAGGCUUGUCUAAAGUGGAUUCUAUUAUGACUGGAAUUCAUGAAAGUAAAAAGGUUCUUUGUAUUGUUUCCAAAAGAUAUUUAAAGUCAAAAUGGCGUGACUAUGAGCUCAACAUGGCUAAAGUGGAGGAAAUCAAGGAUCGUGAAAACACAGCUUUUGUUAUUUUGAUCUUGUUAUCAGAAGUGUACAACAGUGGUUAUCCCAGUAAAGUUAUGGGCCUUGUGAAGAAAGACUGUUUUAUUGAAUAUCCAGAAGAAUCCUGCGCUUAUGAUGACUUUUGGAAGAAACUGAUCAAAAUGUUAAGGAAUGAUUAAUCAAAAGAUUUUUGUAUGGAAUACAUAAUUUUAAAACAUAUCUAUUAUUACACAGAUUUGAUUAUUCGAAAAUUGUUUAUGGAAGUGAUGUCCAUCAAAAACCAUGCAAACAUGGAACAAUUUUUGCAAAUGUUCUGAUAUUGUAUUUCACAACUUAAUCGAAGUUUAAUAGAUUACUCUUAAUUUGUUUUUGAACAAAAACAGAUAAAUUAUAGAAAAAAUUGUUUUAGAGUGAUAUUACCAUCGUUUAAUUGAAGCAUUCCGUAAGAACGAAGGUCCACAUAAUAACCUUGUUAGCAAAUAUGGCUAUCAUAGGGUCAUAUUUAAGCUUAAGUGUUUUAUACCAAUUGUUGGGCAUUUGAUUUUAUC